AGGCUUGAUAAAAAUAUUUGAUUCCGCAGCAGCUUUGUUUCUCUACACAAGUUGAACUUUUGAACUGGUCUUCUCAUUUGAUUAUGAACCUCCAAGAAGCCUUGACAGUCCGCAGAAAAAUAUCAACGCGUUUUAGAAGUCUUUCCCGUGUACUAUUUUUCUCUCCUGGAUUGCAGAUUCUUUCAAAUCCGUCAUUUUUUUUGUCCGCUGCAAAUUCAAACGAUGGUCGAACUACAACAACAGCUAGGCGCACUGCUAUGUCAGGAAAUGAAAUACGCGGUAAGGGAUUACGUGAUUGAUUUAUCAUCGCCGUGGCAUGAUUCUGGCGUCUCAAUGGUGUCCAACGAUGAGAAUACAUCACCAAACGUUUCAUACAACGAAGGGUAUCUGCGGGGUUGCGGCAAGAGAAGAAACAGUGACUCGGUAGAGCUAAAGAAAACAAAAACCUCCACCUCGAGCUCAUCGACUGACCAGCAGCGCGCAAUACAUUGGCGGGGAAAAAUAUGCGAAUGGUUAUACCAAGGUGAGAAGAUCAGAUGUUUUCGUUGCGAAUGGAUACGAUGCCGUUAUCUCUUUGCUACACCGAUGUGCGCCAAUCUAAUGCUUUCUGUAUCAUUCGCUGGCCAUCUGGAAUCCAAUUUUGCUCUCUAUCUUCGUCGCAGUUGCAGACCACUUCAACUUCACGCGUGAUAUCGUGUACAUUACUCUAAACUACAUAGAUCGAAUUUGUACUGCCUCGCAUGCCGAGGAAUGGCUGCGCGACAAGAACUGUUUCCAAUUGCUUGCGAUGGCGGCGCUAUGUUUAGCGAUCAAGGUUCAUGGAGAAGUAGAUUCAAGUUCACCUGAGACGGAAGCUUCAAUAAUGACAGUGAUUCUCCGCCUAGGCCGAGGUCAGUUCUCGUCGGAAGAAUUGAAAAUGAUGGAGAAAAGCGCAUUGAAACGUUUGCAGUGGCUUCUCCAUCCACCGACGCCGCAGGUGUUCAUUUCUUUCUUUGUCGAGUUAUUUUGCGCAGGAGACAAUAUCGAGCUGAAGGACACGGCGAUUUACCUUGUCGAGCUCUCCGUCCACGACUACUACUUUGUUCCUUUGAAACCUUCGGUGGUUGCUCUGGCCGCUCUUUCGACCGCUUCUAGUAUACUGGGGCUGUCGGAGUCCUGGCUGACAGGUGUUCGGGAAGAUCUGCUUCUUCGCAAUGGCUAUGAAGAACCGGCCAGCAUUGAUGCGUGCAGUGCUCGACUCGAGAUACUAUACGCAAGUUGUGGCACGCAAGCCAACGACGAUUACGUCGAUCACGCAGACGAAAUCAUUGGGAACCAUUCGCCUAGGUCCGUGAUGAACUAAAAUCCAUUGAAAUCCCAUCGAUUGAAUGUUCCCGCUGAGCAUUCCCAGGGGUUAUCCCACGCUUCUUAUGAUAAAUUAAAUCAAAUACCAUCAA